UGCAUUCCCACUUUUUAAUCAUUUCCGUGCACACAUGGCAGCUAUCAGGAACACGGCGAAAGCGCUCUUGGGUAUUUGUUAGUUUUUUGUGCUCAUCGCGCUGGCAGUUGAACAUACUGCAGGAAUCUGUGAGAGGCAAGAUGACUCCAUUAUGGCUUGUGCUGAUAUUUGUGGAAGUGGCUCUCUCCGCUGACCGACUUUCCUAUCUCUCCACCGUCCAUGACUACCUCAACAUCUGCCUCGAUGGCAGACACCACAAGACGACUCCGGGACCAGAGAGUGCCAUGUUCCAACAGUGCACUCCCUGGAAGAAGAGAUCCUGUUGUACGAGUAAGGUGAGCCAAGACCUGCACAUCUCUCAGAAAUGGCUCAACUUUGAUUGGAACCACUGUGGCUGGCUGUCACCACAGUGCCGGCGCCAUUUCCUGCAGGAUCUGUGUUUCUACGAGUGCUCACCCAAUGUAGGACCUUGGCUAGUGACGGAUGACAAGAAGAUUCGCAAUGAGAGGUUCGAGAAUGUGCCGAUGUGCCGGAGUGAGUGUGAUGCAUGGUGGGAAGACUGCAAGAACGAAAACACUUGCCUCGACAACUGGAGCAGUGGCUUCAACUGGACUACAGGGAUCAACUCGUGUCCAAAAGGAAAGCCAUGCCGACCGUUUCGUGAGAUCUACAGCGACUCGACCGCGUUCUGCGAGCGGGUGUGGGGGGGGUCAUGGAAGGUGGUGGAGGAGGGACAGCCGUGUAUGUACCUGUGGUUCAGCGAGGAGGGGGACAACCCCAACGAUGACGUAGCCAGGAAACAGGCCGAAAAGUUGCUGGGCAUCAACGGAGCAUCAGGAAAAGACACGGUUACAUUACUCACACUGUUGUGGUGUGUGUGUUUGGGGUUAUUUUUAUAAGUUUGGGGCAGUUUAUACUUUUCUAUAAGAAUGUUUAAAAUACAGAUAAUGUUUGGCAGCAAAUAUGCACUAUACUACUCAAUGUUUGAUAGGGGCACUGAGAUAUUUAAUAUAAUGUGUUUAAACAUAUAAGUAUCCAGGGGACAUGGGUGGCCCAGGUGUCGUUGGUAAUGCAAUUCGUUGUGCAGAGUUGCAUCCCUUAUGUGUGGCAGGAUCCAAUUAUUGUUGAUUCUUAUUCCAGAUUUGCACUGAUUAUUAUUAUUGGGUUGUCAGCACUAUACCCAUUAGUGGCUUUUGCCCUAUGGUAACAGUUAGGUGAGUGAGUGAGUAUGGUUUCACACCAUUUUUAGCAGUAUUCCAGCAAUAUCACGGUGG